UGUUUCACAUCGGCACAAUAUUAUCCCACAAUGAAGAUACUGUUGGUUUUCCUUUUCGUCCUUGUUUGCUUCCUGGGAAUGGCCCUCUCCCAGAACCGAAGUGAUCCCGAAUGGAUACAAGCUCAAAAGGAUCGUGAAAGAUGGUGCAGACUUAAUUUGGGACCUGCCUGGGGUGGAAAGUGCCGAAAAUAAUUGAAUUGAAAAUAAUUGAUGUUACCCAGUAACCGAUUUAGGAUCUUCUGAAUCGGUUUCAUGGAGCUAUCCAAUUUGAAUUAAACACUUUAAAUGCA